AUGCUGAGCGUUGGUGAUUUGCUUAGAAGAGCUUUAUGGCUUCUUAUCACGUUGCAUGGAAUAUUCUCUUUUCCUAGUACAAAAAAUGAGUACACAAUUCGUAUGCCAGGAGUUAGGUUGACACAGGAUGAUGAAUACUGGUGUUAUGCUCAAAAACUUGACAAUGAAACAUUGUACAUAACCAAGUUUGAGCCAAUAUAUGAUCCUGAACUUGCGCAUCAUAUGAUUCUGUUUGGUUGUAAUGAAACUGGAUCUUCAAAAGGCUUGUGGUAA